AUGGAGGUCUUCGCCUCCGUUUCUUGUUGGAAAGUUUGUUUUUUUAUUGUAUUAUUGGUGUUGGACGGCAUACAAGCAACUAGUGUCGCCUCAAAUCCUUUGACCUAUCUGGAAUUUGUGAAAAACCCUAGUUUACGUAUACUUCCCCGGGACAGAUUCGAUCACACACAAGCGACUACACUAAAACGAACAGAUUCGCAUCAGGAAUCCUCGUUACGACACGAUGACUCCAUGCGAAUACAAUUUGUAGCUUUCAAUCAAACAUUCAAUCUCCACUUGGAACCUAAUUUAGAUCUGUUUCACCCGGAGGCUACCAUCACCAUAUACCAUGCAAAUCAGACUAGCACCACCACGAGACUGAUACACGAUGAUUAUAGGCUAUACAAGGGAGUCUUGCUGGACACAGACUCAACAGACAAACGGCUGAACGAAGAUAUAAUAGGACUAAAGAGAAGGAGCUUGUCAGAAGAACUGGAAUAUUCUACGGGUGUACUUGGAUGGGCGAGAAUUCAAAUACUGGAUGAUGGAGGUCUGACGCAACACGAUGUAAAUAAACGUCAGCCGACUUUCGAGGGCACCUUUUCACUCAAGAAUGAUCUAUAUCACAUAAAAUCCGUCAAGAAUUUUAAAAUCUCUCAAUAUUUUGAUGACCCCGAAAUACCAAAUAUAUCGGCACGUUCACCAAAUGAACGUGAAGCCACCAUGAUAAUAUAUCGUGAUUCUGAUACUAAAAGGACCCAUCAUCACAAUAGGAAAAGAUCCAUAUCAAAGGGAGUAGGGUCUUGCGCGAUGGAUGAUCUCAUAAGUGAUGAAUAUCGUAGGUACUGGAGACGUGAGCGUCGUCACGAUGAUGCAAUUUUUGCAGGAAUGGAGGGUUCGGGGUUCAACAAUCCUUCGAUUCGUAUGAGAGGAUUGCUCUCUAGAUUUGGCGAUGGCGAUCCAUUAUUCAAAAGAGCUGCGAGCGGCUGUCCCCUUGGACGAAAAAUUGCUUACAUGGGAGCGGCAGCUGAUUGUACAUAUGUUCAAAGUUAUUCAUCCCCCGACGCAGCUCGUAAACAAAUUCUUAGCGACUGGGGUACCGCUUCGGCAGUCUACGAACGAACUUUCAAUGUCACUUUAGGUUUAUUCAAUAUAGUUAUUCAAGAUCAGAGCUGUCCAAAAACAGUUAAUCAAUCCGUACCUUGGAAUCGACCAUGUUCUGAUAGUUAUACAAUCGAUGAUCGGCUAAGCGAUUUUAGUCAAUGGAGAGGAACAUUAGGUGAAGAUGGGGCCGCAUUAUGGCAUUUGAUGUCCAAGUGCAAUACUGGUUCAAAAGUUGGUAUUGCAUGGUUGGGAAUGUUGUGCAAAUCCGGUGCUAGCUUGCAAAAUAAUGGUACUGCGGGUAAAGCUUAUGUUUCCGGCACAGGUGUUUCUACAAUCGUAAAAGAUGAAUGGAAGGUUGUCGCUCAUGAAAUUGGUCACGGAUUUGGUGCGAUUCACGAUUGUGUUGCGUCCACAUGUCCUUGUGGAACGGGUGCCUGUUCUUGUUGUCCAUUGGAUUCAAAUACUUGUGAUGCUCAAGGAAAAUAUAUCAUGAAUCCAACGAGCGAUGUGUUGACAAAUGAUUUCAGUCCAUGUUCAAUUCGCGACAUUUGUUACGCUUUUCCCGGUCUUGGGACUUGUCUUUUAGACCCGGGUCAAGGUUCGAAGGUCAUACUCAGCUCGGCAAUGUGCGGAAAUGGAUUAAAGGAACAAGGCGAGGAUUGUGAUUGUGGCACUGAUUGUGACAAAGAUCCUUGCUGUGAUGGAUCAACAUGUAAAUUUAAGAAUGGGGCUGUGUGCGACGAUCUGAAUGAUAUGUGUUGCACGAAUUGUUCUUACAAGCCCGCCAACACCAUUUGUCGUCCUUCAAGUUCCGAAUGUGAUAUUGUCGAAUAUUGCAAUGGCACGUCGGGGGUUUGUCCUUCUGACGCUCACGUGGCAGAUGGCACUUCAUGUGGUAAUUCCAGUGGUCUUGCAUGUGCGAACGGUCAGUGCACUUCAAGAGAUCUUCAAUGUCUUCAGAGGGGUUCUAGGAUGGGUGUCACCAAAGCGUGCGCAUCCGAUUCGGGCUCAUGUGCGAUUCUUUGUGCCGAUCCAAGUAGCUCAAAUACGUGUUUGCAGAUGACUGGAAAUUUUAUAGAUGGAACCCCAUGUGGGUUCGGUGGAACAUGUUCCCAGGGAAACUGUAAAAGCGGAUCGAUAACUGAUACGAUAAAAGGUUGGUUUGAUCAAUAUAAACAAUUUAUCAUCCCAAUUGGAAUAGUAUUUGGAGUGCUAAUAUUGCUCUGCAUAUUGCAAUGCAUUUUCCGAUGUUUCAGAAGACGUAAAGUGGUGAAAUCACGAGUUUUUUCCGCACCCCCUAACGGGACAGAUCCAAAUCUUCCUCCUCCGGCAAACGUAUAUAACGCUGAUGGUCAAAGAUCUGCGUGGAUAAACGCAGCUCCUUAUAAUGGUCAGGAGCCCACGUGGGUUGACGAAACUCCCUAUAAUAAUAAUAAUGGUUCUAAGCAGCCGUCUAUCAGAUCGGAUCGACAUUAUGGACAAGCUGAAACAAGCUACUCCCAUCAGGAUAGAAAUAUUGCAUCUCCAAGAAUGCCUUAUUGGCAACAUUAG